AUGCGGGGCCGCCGGACCCUGGCCUAUGGGGACAUGAACCACGAGUGGAUUGGGAACGAGUGGCUGCCCAGCCUGGGUCUCCCGCAGUAUCGCAGCUACUUCAUGGAGUGUCUCGUUGACGCGCGGAUGCUGGACCACCUCACGAAGAAAGAUCUCAGAGUGCACCUGAAGAUGGUGGACAGCUUCCACCGCACCAGCUUGCAGUACGGCAUCAUGUGCCUCAAGAGGCUCAACUACGACCGCAAAGAGCUCGAGAGGAGGCGAGAAGAGACCCAGCACGAAAUCAAAGACGUGUUGGUGUGGACCAACGACCAAGUCAUUCACUGGAUCCAGUCCAUCGGGCUUCGCGAGUACGCCAACAACCUCGUGGAGAGCGGCGUGCACGGGGCGCUGCUGGCCCUCGACGAGAACUUCGACCACAACAGCCUGGCGCUCGUGCUGCAAAUCCCCACGCAGAACACGCAGGCUCGACAAGUGCUGGAGAGGGAGUUCAACAACCUGCUCGCCUUGGGCACCGAUCGGAGGCUGGACGAU